ACUGCCCAGAUCCCAAAAAGCCGACUUUUGGCUCGGUCCAGUAUAGUUCGGUCAGCCCUGGAGCAACGGCCGAGUACGAGUGCAACACUGGCUACAGUUUGGCGGGAAACCCGAAGCUCACCUGCCUGAUCUCGGCCGUCUGGGACGAGUCGCCACCGGGAUGUUAUCCCAUCAGCUGUGGCCAUCCGGGGUCCAUUCGUAAUGGUUACAUCGAGGGCCGGGAUUUCAGCUACGACAAACGCAUUCGCUUCCGAUGUAACGCUGGCUAUGAGCUGGUGGGUCACGACUCACUCUACUGCACAGAGUAUGGGGACUGGGACGUGGACAAACCAGAGUGCAUAGAGAUAAAAUGCGACCUUCCUGAAGUCUCUGGAAAUACGGUGCCCUCCUCUACAGAGAAAAAGUUCCAACCUGGAGACACAGUAGACUUCAGCUGUCGGCCAG